AUGUUCGUCAAAUCUGAGACCUUGGAGUUGAAGGAGGAAGAGGACGUGCUGGUGCUGCUCGGCUCGGCCUCCCCCGCCUCGGCGCCUCUGACCCCGCUAUCUUCCAGCGCCGACGAGGAGGAAGAGGAGGAGCCGGGCGCGUCGGGCGGGGCGCGUCGGCAGCGUGGGGUCGGGGCCGGGGCCGGGGCGCGGGCUGGCUCGCCGGGAGGGGCCGAGGGCUGCCGGCCAGCGCGGCUGCUGGGUCUGGUGCACGAGUGCAAACGGCGCCCCUCCAGGGCGCGGGCCGUUUCUCGCGGCGCCAAGACGGCCGAGACGGUGCAGCGCAUCAAGAAGACCCGUAGAUUGAAGGCCAACAACCGCGAGCGCAACCGCAUGCACAACCUCAACGCGGCGCUGGACGCGCUGCGUGAGGUGCUCCCCACGUUCCCCGAGGACGCCAAGCUCACCAAGAUCGAGACCCUGCGUUUCGCCCAUAACUACAUAUGGGCGCUCACCGAGACGCUGCGCCUGGCUGACCACUGCGGGGGCGGCGGCGGCGGCGGCGGCGGCGGCGGCCUGCCGGGGGCGCUCUUCUCCGAGGCCGUCUUGCUGAGCCCCGGAGGCUCUAGUGCCGCCCUGAGCAACAGCGGAGAUAGCCCUUCGCCUGCCUCGACGUGGAGCUGCACGAACAGCCCCGUGCCGUCUUCCUCCGCCUCCUCCAACUCCACCUCGCCCUACAGCUGCACUUUAUCUCCUGCCAGCCCGGCGGGUUCAGACAUGGACUAUUGGCAGUCGCCACCUCCCGACAAGCACCGCUACGCACCUCACCUGCCCAUAGUCAGGGACUGUAUCUAG